GUGAAUGCUACGGAGAAGGCGGAAGUGUGUGCAGUUUAAUCCUUCUGUUUCGAUUAGUUCGCAGUCACGUAAACGCGGUGACGUCACCCGGCUUGUGCCCUGGUGGGAAGUAGCGUGUCCUGAGAGUUGCUCUAGAGGAGAUCAUUGCCAUUAUGUUGCAGUUUAUAUUGGGAUUUGCCUUUGGGAAUGUGGUCGGCAUGUAUUUGGCCCAAAAUUAUGAGGUUCCAGAUAUAUCCAAAAAAAUCGAGAACAUUAAAAAGGAUUUGGAAGCUAAGAAAAAGCCACCAAGUGAUUGACCUUAGUACAUAAUCUUGAUCGGUCUAAUUCAUGGAUUCCACGGUUUAUGGAAAAGCUAGGGGUGGUAUAUGAAUGCAUCUGGACAUCUCAGAGGUUUCCCUUGUACUGCUGCAUUAGACACUACUUUGCAGGGUGAAAUGGAUGGAAUUGUCUUACCAGUAUUCUCAUCUAAAGUUGGAUAUGAUCCAAUGAGGCCUUUUUUUGGUUAUGUAACUCAAUACAUAGAAUUUCAGAUUUGAUGGCUUGCAGUAUAUCAAGAGUGCUUGCAACAGUAGUAUGUGGUCUCUUGACAAUCAUUUUUAUAGUGGCUUAUAGCUUUAAUAGGAGUAAAUAAAAUCUAUAUUUGAGUAUA